AUGAAUUUGAAAUUAGCAAAUCCUUUAUGGGUUCCUGUGAAAGCUCUGUUAUGUAGAAGUAGCAGGAGAAGGAGGAUAUUCAGUGCCACUGCUACAAUCAAUUUUGCUGCAAAGGAGAAAAAGGAGGAGAAUGAGGUUUUGGUAGUUGUUGGUGGGGGAGCAGCUGGUGUUUAUGGAGCAAUUAGAGCUAAAACUCUCUCACCUGAUUUGAGGGUUUUGGUUAUCGAGAAAGGAAGAUUUCUUUCUAAGGUGAAGAUUUCUGGUGGUGGUCGAUGCAAUGUGACAAAUGGGCAUUGCACCGAUACAACUAGAUUGGCAGAGAAUUAUCCUCGUGGUAACAAAGAGCUUAAAGGUUCUUUCUUUUACACACAUGGUCCUGCUGAUACCAUGUCAUGGUUCUCUGAGCAUGGAGUGCCACUAAAGACUGAAGACGAUGGAAGAGUAUUCCCAGUGAGUGAUGAUUCAGCUUCUGUAGUUGAUUGUCUCUUACAUGAAGCACAUAUCAGGGGAGUUAGGCUUGAGAGAGGAAAGUCUGUGUUAAGUGCUUCUACUAAACCAGACGGAAAGUUCAGUAUCAAAGUUGGGAAGCGAAGUGCUGACACGUCUGAAACUAUCGAAGCUUCAUAUCUUCUUCUUGCUACUGGAAGUAGCCAACAGGGUCACGAUUUAGCCACUCGAUUUGGUCAUUCCAUUGUGGAUCCAGUACCGAGUUUAUUCACCUUCAAGAUCAAUGAUCCGUUGCUGAUUGAGUUAGCUGGGAUUAGUUUCUCCAAAGUCCAAGCCAGACUGAAAUUAGAGAAUCAACGCCCGGAUUUGUCAAACCUUGUUCAGAUUGGUCCAAUGCUUGUAACGCAUUGGGGACUUAGUGGACCGGUUAUUCUCAGGCUCUCUGCAUGGGGUGCACGACAUCUCUUCACUUCAGAGUACAAAGGGCUUCUUAUUGUUGACUUUAUGCCGGAUAUCAACAUCGAAGCUGCAAAAUCUCAACUCAGACAACACAAGCUGCAGUUUUCAAAGCAUAAGGUCUCCAAUUCCUUUCCUCCUCAGUUUGGUCUUGUCAAUAGAUUCUGGAGAUACAUUCUAGACCGCGAGGGUUCUUCAAAAGACACCUUGUGGGCUUCAUUGUCAAAUAACUCCUUGAGCUCUAUCUCGGAUCUUCUUAAACAUUGUACAUUUCAAGUCACUGGAAAGGGUCAAUACAAAGAUGAGUUUGUGACAGCAGGUGGGGUUCCUUUAUCCGAGAUUUCCUUGAAGACAAUGGAGAGCAAAUUGGUUCCGAAUCUUUUCUUUGCAGGAGAGGUACUAAAUGUAGAUGGAAUUACAGGAGGCUUCAAUUUCCAGAAUGCUUGGUCAGGUGGAUAUAUCGCAGGCACACAUAUCGGCAGAUUAGCAAGCAACACAAGUUCUACAGAAAGAAAAGUACAUAUUUGUGGAAACGGCUUGGACGGUGGUGGUCUUGGGAGAAGCUUUGACGGAGUCUUUCAUCGCUUCGUGUAG